AUGAAGUCUGAGGACAGGCUCAAACAUUUGUGCUGCGGCUCCAUACAGAGGUGCCAGGAACCCCAAUCUCUGUGUGGUCAUAUCCUCACCAUGGACAAUGUGGAUGGGCAGAUCCUGGGCCAGCUGCGCCCUCUGGCAGAGGGGGAGAAUGGUCAGGAGGAGGAGGAGGGAACCAGGGCAGGAGUCGCAUCUUCUUCACAGCCUGCCUUCCCCAGAAUGAGCUCUGAGGACCUGCGGCUGGCCUCCUUCUCUGACUGGCCACUGACAGCUGCGGUGCGGCCUGAACUGCUGGCAGCUGCUGGUUUCUUCCACACUGGCCAGCAGGACCAGGUGAGGUGCUUCUUCUGCCAAGGAGGGCUGCAGAACUGGGAGCGAGGGGAUGAGCCCUGGACAGAACACGCCAAGUGGUUCCCCAGGUGUGAAUUCCUGCUCAGGACAAAAGGAUGGGACUUUGUUUGCCGUGUCCAGGAAACUUGCUGUCACCUCUUUGACCCCUGGGACCAACUGAGAGCCCCAGAAGAUACAGCCCCCUCCAGUCCCUUAGAUGGGAGCUUCCAGGAAUGGGAUGCUUGGAGGAGGUGUUCAGCAGUGCAAAGCGUCCUCCGAAUGGGCUUUACGCUCAGCCAAGUGAAGCAGCUGGUGAAACAAAAAUACUGCCAGGCAGUACCAGACAGUGUGUCUGUAUCUCAGUUGGUGGCUGACUUGCUCCAGGAAGAGGAUGAGGGCCAGGCCAUGGGGACCAGAGCUCCCACCCACUGGGGUCCUGAGCUGACUACACCCACAAGAGAGCCCCAGUCAGAAGGUGCCAAGGAACCAGGACCCCAGGAUGCCAAGGAGCAGCUACAGCGCCUGCGGGAGGAACGCACUUGCAAGGUGUGCCUGGACCGCACUGCCUCCGUUGUCUUCGUGCCCUGCGGCCACCUAGUCUGCGCUGAGUGUGCACCUGCCCUGCAGUUGUGCCCCAUCUGCAGGGCCCCCAUUCACAGCUAUGUGCGCACCUUCCUCUCCUAG